AUGUCCGCAGAAGAACAAACAGUGCAACUCUUGGGCAAAAGCGCAGGCUAUGGUGUCCUUGUCGGAGUCGGGGCGCUCUUUGCCCUCGCCAUUGUCGUGGCCACAAAGCUCAUGAACAAGUACUUGCACGAAGACCCAAACUCCACCGAGAUGUUUAUGGUUGCAAAUAGAUCUGUAGGAACGGGAUUGACUACCAGUGCCGUCUAUCUGUCGUGGAGUUGGGCCACCGAGUUCUUGUGGUGUGUCACCAUGGUGUACUUGUACGGGGUCAUGUCGGCGUUCUGGUACGGUGCUGGACUCACGGUGCAGAUCUGUCUCAUGUCGGUACUUGGGAUCGAGGCCAAAAAGAAGAUCCCUGCUAGUCAUACCUCGUUGGAAAUUGUAGAGUUGAGAUAUGGUAAAGCCUGUCACAUCUUGUACAUGUUCUUGUCGUUAGUCAACAACUUGUUGUCAUGUGCCUCGAUGAUUUUGGGUGCUGCUGGUGCCAUCUCUGUCAUUGCUGGGAACCUCCACAUUGUUGCCAGUACCAUGUUGAUCCCAUUUGGUGUCUUGCUUUACACCACCGUGGGGGGUUUGAAGUCUACUUUCCUUACCGACUUUGUUCAUUCUUUCAUUCUCUUGAUUGUCUUGUGUUACAUCUCUACAUCCAUUUUGGCUCAUGAGGAAAUUGGUGGCAUUGGUGGUCUCUACGACCUUGCCCUUAAACAUGACGGGCAAAGAUUCAUUGAGGGUAACUACAAGGGAUCUCUCUUGACUGGGAAGUCCCAGGGAGCCAUCUUUUUCGGGUUAAUUCAUGCCAUUGGUGAUACUGGGUUGACGGUAAUGGAUAGUUCCUUCUGGCAAAAGAGUUUCAGUGCAGACCUUAAAUCUUCUGUCCCUGCCUAUAUUCUUGCCGCUGUGUUCAUCUUUGCCAAUGUGUGGCCCUUGGGAACCAUUGUUGGACUUGCCAAUGUCAUCCUCGAAGACAGUCCUUCAUUCCCCACCUAUCCACGUAAGAUGACUUCCUAUGAAAUCAACAAUGGGUUUGGUUUACCCUACGUCUUGAAGACUUUACUCGGGGAUGGAGCCCUUGGUGCAUUGUUGCUCAUCAUCUACCUUGCCGUGACUUCCACUGUUAGUGCCCAGAUGAUCUCUGUCAGUAGUAUCAUGUCCUUUGACAUCUACAAGAAAUACAUCAAGCCAGACGCCCAGAACAAACACUUGAUCAGGGCCUCUCACUUUGGAGUGGUGUUUUUCGGACUUUUUGCCGCUGGGUUCUCCGUCAUGCUCCAUUAUGUCGGUGUCGACAUGACCUGGAUGGGUUACUUCUACUCCAUGCUCAUCUGUCCCGGGGUGUUCCCCUUAAUCUUCACAAUCACCUGGUCGAGACAAACAACGUUGGCGGCAUUUGUGUCCCCCAUCGUGGGAAUGCUCUCAGGGAUUGCUGUCUGGUUAGGAACCGCCUACGCCUUCUAUGGCGAGGUCACCAUCUUCAGUACCGGUCAGCAAUUACCCUGUUUGUACGGAUCGAUGACCACCUUGCUUCUCCCAGCCGUGCUCUCGAUCGUCUUGUCCUUAACCAUCAACCCUUCAAAGUUUGACUGGGACAAGUUCAAAGAGGCAAAGCUCAUUGUGAUGGUCGAGGAGGAUGACACCUCAAUCUCCGAAAAGGAAUCUAUUGUAGAGCCCUCAACCAAUGAGACCGAGUCGAAAAAGGCUAUCGGUGACAACGUGCUGGUGGAUGACAUCGAGGCUAGUGAUGUUGAACUACAAUCACUGGAUGAAGAUACUCUUGCCCGGGAUAACGAAAGAACAUUUAGUCUCUACUACAAGCUCGCCUACGGUUCCACAAUCUUCACUCUCUUGUUGACGUGGGUGGUCUGGCCCUUGCCUCUCUACCGUGACUACAUCUGGAGUCGUCCGUUCUUCAUUGGAUGGACGGCUGUCAGUGUGGUGUGGAUCUACUUGGCGUUCCUUGUUGUUGGUGUGUAUCCUCUUUGGGAUGGAAGACACGAGCUUGCCAAGGUGUUCAGAGGUGUUUGGAAUGAUUACCUUGUGAAAAAGUGA